AACGUGCCGCCAUCCCAGGUCCCGCGUCAAUCCCAACGCACGCCGUCUGUCGCCCUAUGGCCUGACAAUUCGCGCGGAUCCUCCGGCCGCCUCUGCCUAUCCCAUAGCCCACAACCUCGCUCUUGAGAACCCGUCGAACCCGGCGGUGCGGAGAGAGGGGCUUCCCUGACUAGUCGAUGCUAACUUCUGCGGCAGACGGACGCCAGCUUGGUGAAACGUUGUCUGAUGACGUUUGGGAAAUGCCACCUCCCACAACUUCCCCACUUUGUUUUUUAAACCUGGAAAACGGCCAAAAAAACGGGGACGAUGCGAGGGGGGAAAUGGCACACAACCAGGCUGCCUCGCCCACAAACUCAAGACAGCGCAAGAAAGACAAGACCAGGCAAACCAGACGGGUAGUCAAGCAGGCGACAAGGCAACCAAGAGUACACACUAUCAGAUACAGCUUAGUUACUGGCAGACACACUUACAGUACAAGGGUCGACACGCCAAACUUCAGGCCUCCCCUCCAACCCCUCGCCGCCCAUCUGCCCUCAUCUGGAGUGCGCCGCGCAACUGGGUCUCACCUAUUUGCGGCAUUCUGUACAAUCGCAUCCAUCUCUGCUGGGUUAUGUCGCCCACCUCUUUGGAAGCUUCACUUUUCCUAUCGGGCAAUACGUAGUUGUACUGAAUGCUGAGUAAUGUGCACAGCCUGCACCGUUUACCCUAGCCGCGAUUCCUUCCUACCAAGAGCACUCUCUCUCCUAUUCUGUUUUACU